CGAGCUUCAAAUUUUACAGUAGACGAGAGGCAACACGUGCAACGGGAAAAGGUUUCCAAAAAAGUAGAUUGUGAUUUCAUAUUUCAAAAAUCUUAAAUAUACAGAGCAGGUUAUUAUUGCUCUGUAAUAAAAUAACGUUAUUCCCUCACAUGAUCACUGCAUACUGACAAUGGUUAUUAAAUUGGCUGACGUAGAGAUGGGAAGUAAAACAAUUAAGCCGUCGCCCACUGGAAAACGUCAGCUGGAAGAUGGACCUUCUGCCGACCUUGAGGAAGAAGAAACGAGGAAAAGGACUAAAUCUGCUGUCGACGAUGAUGUCUUGAAAAGUGUUGAAGCCUGUGCAAUCGUCAUUGGCUCGCCUACCGCGUCCCCCGACUCCAGACUUCAUUGUCUUGCUGACCUUUUUCAAUCGAUUUUGGAUAAAAACGUAAAUAUUGUACUGAUCACUGAAGAUUUUCCAGCCUGGGUGAAAAAUGCGAUUUCAGUUGUUUUAAAAGAUACAACUCGAGUUACAUCUAAAUUUUUUAAUGUCGUCACGUUGGCUGUAAAAGUGGCUCCCACAAUUUUUGAGUCCCUCAUGGAAAACGUACUAAAGAUAGCUUUAUUUUACCCUCGAGAAAGUGGAAAUGUUCAAGAAUCCUGUGAUAAUUUUAUGGAAUUUAUUGUCCACACUUUUGAGAAGUUAAGACGAUUCCCAAAAUUUAUUGCAAAACUUUUGUGCUGCAUUCGUGAUAACCUCGAACCAGACAGUAAGUACGAAGGACGAAUUAUUAGUGCCAAAUUCAAAACGGCUGUCGGUACUGUGAUCAAUUUAUUAACUGUUGGACAAAUUACUGAUCUAUGGAAAACAUUACAACACAAUUUGGAAAUUGAAUGCGUUAAACCACUGAAAGAAGGCAUUGAUGAUGAGAAAACAAAGGCUUUCUUGUGUAUUGUGACCGAUAUUUUUGCCGAAUUUUUGUGCACUAUCAAAGUUACUGAUUACACAGUUCCAGACGCUACAGUGGAAAAAAUUUCAGAAAUGAUGGAAAAACUUUGCGAGGAAUGCUUGAAACCAUUUGGACUGCUGAUAUCCAAUAGAGAAAAACUGGAGUUGGUGUUAGUGAAGCAAUAUCUCUGUUUGGCGUAUGCAUUUGGACAAUUACAUGGAAUUAUGUUGUGUUAUAAUGCAAAGUACAAGGGAAAGAAGCCAUCCUUCUGUUUAAAUGAUUAUUCAACGAAUGCAACGGACUUGUCGUAUCUCCAAUCGUAUAUGAGUGGGGAAUCCUGGAUUAAUUUGUCGAAUCGGUUAUUAAAACGCAAAGAUUCUUCCGCGAAACAACUAUUAGUUAAUUUGGUGGCUCAGAAACUCGAGUUUAUGACAGCGUUAGAGCAGAAAUUUGUUAUUACGGAACAAGAAAAGGACAACACAGUGACAUCAGAGAUGAAACAAUCAUUAAAGGAAUCUGCUGAAUUUAUUUGGACUCACCACGUCCAAAGUAAAAAUUGUGUUCAAAUUUCUGACGAGACUCUGAACCUUGUUUCUCGACACAUGGAGCCACACAGCAUAAUUGAGUUAGCUACAAUUUAUGUUCAACAAUUUCAAGAUGUGGGAGGCUCGGUCGACACUGUUGCACAGGACUUGUCUAAUUCAAACGAGAAAGCAACUCAUAUCUGCUAUCGUAGUGGCGGAGCAACUACUGAAAAUCCAAUAUUCCACUUCGCUUUAAUUAUAGAAGCUCUUGGCGAAAUUAUACGCAGAAUUAAGAAAAUGAAGCUGCUUCCAAAGUCAUUAAAGGACAUUCUGAAUAAUGUGCUAUCAAUUGAAACUAAACCCAUUUUACUUGUGGAGCUCUCGUCAUCAUCAUGCGCUUUUGAUUACAAAACGCUGAAGAAUCCAAGUCCAAACUCAAAAUUAAAUUAUGGUAGCAUCAUUGGAGAUUUACUAGCGUCAGUGAACUCGGCUAUAGCGGAGUCCUUGCACGAGCCUGCAAAUACUUCUCGAAAAAUGCGUGAAGAAUUUUCAAGUGAGCUAAUUCAGGGAAUGUUGCACUUUCUCAGCGGUCUAUACAUUGAAACAUAUCCAAAAGAUGUGAAAACCGUAGUGUUUCUGUGUUCUUGUGCAAUUUUGGUGGCACUUACCGACCAAAACUGUGAUAAUUCUAGCUUGGACGAAGUUUCAAAAUUGGUCGUUUCUUCUGGAAGUCAGUCUCAAGGGAAUGAAACUUUAUUUUCUAUUCAUUGGGUGUCAUUAUUCCAAUGGUAUAUAGGUAAUGUGGAUAGAUUUUCUCAAACAGCACAACUGGACUUGUGCAAUAUGAUUCUGAGCAAUGUCUUCAUGUCACCAAAAUUUAUGGAAGAAUUUGAAAAAGAUUUGGAAAGAUUGUGCAACGCUGAAAAGAUUGACUCUCCAACUGGUUGUAUUAGUUUGAUGACAUUGGAGUACAUAUUAAAGGAAUUACAAAACCCGAAAACGAGAUUAGUCUCCCAAUUAAACGACCAGUGUAAUAAGCUGACCCAGUUUGUUGUUCAAAAACUGGAAGAUGCAGACGCUUCUUCAUCGCCCAAUUUUUACAGAGCCUGCUGGUUGGCACAAUUAGCGAUUGACAAUAUGGAUGAAGACACGAAGAAUCUAUAUAAGCGCUCGUUGGCUACAAAAAUUAAAAAAUCCUUGAGAUUUCUAAAAACAAACCAUUCUACCCAAGAUCUUUCCAUUGUGUAUGUCAUACGAUUUAUGCAUUCUGUGUGCAAAUCUAAAGCAAAAGUUCAGGAUGAAUUGCCUGCUGAAUUCCUAACAAAACUUUGGAAGUUUUGUCUUAAUUCAACCAUUUUGCAACACUGUGACCAGUUGCCGUCAAAUAAAAAGGAAAAAAUACCAAAGAAAUUUGUACAAGAUAUUUUCGAAGCUUCUAGCCCUUCAGAUUUUCAGUUAAUUUGCAACUCUUUGAUGGAAAAGACAAUAGAACUUGCUAAUACGCCUCACAAUUUCCAAGAGAUUAACAUGAUCAUCCAGAUUUUUUCCGACCUUGUGGACGCAGAACUUCCGGCACUGAAUAAACCUAUUCGUCGCCACACUUUACAAGAAUGUCUACACAAAAUGCUACUGUUGACACUAGAUUGGGACAUUUGUGAUGCUCUGUGCUUAAACAAUGCUAUCUUACCGUAUAUUCGGUUACAAACAAAGAUUCUACGACGACGUGGAGCGAUGGUCAACUUGAAAACUCUCGCUGUUUGUCUCAUGUCCGUCACAUCAGUGCCAUUGGCGUCCGUUGAAGACUCGGCCACCUUCAAAAUAGUGUUUUGUGCACUGACAGAUCUUAUGAACGCUCUAAUUGUUCAUAGAUUGGAUGUUAUUGCAUUCAGAUCUCACAUCUUCCUUCAGUGCUUCCAAUACCUCAUUGAGUGUCUCACUCAACGAGCAGAUCAGAAGAAUAAACUCUCUGACGGAGAAAUUCUAAAUGUUCGUACUUGCGGUCACAGUAUCGAAAGGUUGUGUCAAUCUAUGAAGUUGGGCCAGAAAGAACUGUCGCGAGUUUCACCUUACUUUGUCACCGUUAUCAUAAAGCAGUUUGAGUUAUUGGCAGUUUACCCCGCUGUUAAGGUACCACUGCUCGGUGGCUGUUAUAAACUUCUGGAUCUGUGUGAUGAGCAUGGAAUUUCUCAACUAAAUUCCCUAUUGACAAUCGGAUCAAAAGAAAUUCUAAAGACAAUCUACGACCAGUACAAGAAAUAUUAUCAGUACAAAGGGAGGGUUUAACAACGUGUUUUAUGGCAGUUCAAGUCCUUCUUCAGCGGAUGGCCAGAUGCACCAGGGAACGUGUCAUGUCUUAUUGGAGAGAAUAUCAUAUCAUAUUAUAAUUAUAUAAUAUGUUCAUCAUAAUAUAAUACUAGAAAUGUUAAUGUAUAAGUUAACUUUAGACUGUCCAUGCAUUUUGUACAUUGUGAAUUAGUAUUUAGUAGCAUACAUGCUAAGAGAACCAUCAAAGCAAGAGAGGUUUGUUGGGUUUGCUUCACUGGUGGCAGCAAUGCAAAAGUAACUCGUCAUAUGCAAUAUUGGAAGCCCCUCUAAAAUGUGUUUCUCUAUUAUAGCAGACGCUGUUGGCUGGCAUGCUCUUUAUGUGGGAUGUCUGCAGGAUUCUUGUACAGCAUGUUUGGGGAUUUCCCUUUCAGUCGAAGCUGAUCCGUCUCCGUAGUCGCAAGUGUUGGCUCGUGCUGUCUGUAAAAGGAUCCUGCUGCACCCGACAGAACCCCCUUUACGACUGGAAAUUUGUAAUCAGUGAAUAAGAAACCAUCUGCCAACCUUUGGUUUGUAGCUCUCCUCUCGGAUUGUUCUCUGUAAUUGUUUUCGAUGUACCGAUUAAGCGUAUAACUUUCGUGAACAAUGUUGAACACACGAAAUCUGUGUAAUGUUGCGAUUUUUUGUAUACCGGCGUGUUUUUUGCGUGUAAGCCGCUAUUGGUGUAGUUGUAAAACCUAGAAUAUACAAUACAUCUAGUGAAAUUUACUUUUUGUAUUUCAUACUACAACCUAAUUUAUAUGUGCAGUACUGAUUUUAUUGUGAAAUUCGACUAUGUAAAUUGAAAAUGUGACACGUGUUAUAUAUAUCAGUAGUUUUUAUCCCAGCCAUUCUAUUAUGAUUAAUUUUUUGACCAAUAAAUAGUUUAUCAAGAAA